GCCCCUCACUCUGCCCAUGCGCGGAUCGCCAUGUUCAUACGCGAGUAAUGAUAGCAAACAGCGGAGGUUGCGGAGUAAAGCUAGAGAGCUUCAUACACGGGCGUCCAUGGUCAUAGCAAUAAUUUUAGUUUAAAUCCAAAGAACUCCACUGCAUUUAGAUAUAUAGAAAAACUGAACAACUAGCCAAGAACCGUUAACAGAGAGGAAUACCCGAACCGCGUCGAAGCAAGUUUUACAAGUUGGCACCCUUGAUUCAGAGGGUCUGGGGACGCUGAACAGCUCAUUUCAUCACUUUGUUGUCUGGGAGGGGCCCCUGGCAGCAUUCUGUGGAGCCGGGGAGUGACAUCAUCCCCUUCACCCCACGGGCCUAUGGGAGGACAGUCUGAGACUGGGGAGCGAUCUGGGAAAGAGCGCAAAGAGCUGUGAAGCAGUGCACAGAGCUGUGAGGCAGUGCACAGAGCUGUGAGGCAGUGCACAGAGCUGUGAGGCAGUGCACAGAGCUGUGAGGCAGUGCACAGAGCUGUGAAGCAGUGCACUGAGCUGUGAAGCAGGAGCUCCUGGAAGAGAGGACUGGUCUCGGACAGGGAAGUCUCGGGAAUGAGACCCAGCACGCCCUCUCCCGUGACCCAGCACGCCCUCUCCCGUGACCCAGCACGCCCUCUCCCGUGACCCAGCACGCCCUCCCCCGUGACCCAGCACGCCCUCCCCCGUGACCCAGCACUCCCUCCCCCGUGACCCAGCACGCCCUCUCCCGUGACCCAGCACUCCCUCCCCCGUGACCCAGCACUCCCUCCCCCGUGACCCAGCACGCCCUCCCCCGUGACCCAGCUCCACAGCACCUCUCCCCCUCCCCCCUCCCCGCCAUGUCCACCACCAACACCCCCACCAGCAACGACGCCUGCCUCAGCAUCGUGCACAGCCUGAUGUGCCACCGGCAGGGCGGGGAGAGCGAGACCUUCGCCAAGCGUGCAAUCGAGAGUCUGGUGAAGAAGCUGAAGGAGAAGAAGGAUGAGCUGGACUCGCUCAUCACCGCCAUCACCACCAACGGGGCGCACCCCAGCAAGUGCGUCACCAUCCAGAGGACGCUCGACGGACGCCUGCAGGUGGCUGGGCGGAAGGGCUUUCCCCACGUGAUCUACGCGCGGCUGUGGCGCUGGCCUGACCUGCACAAGAACGAGCUGAAGCACGUCAAGUACUGCCAGUUCGCCUUCGACCUCAAGUGUGACAGCGUGUGCGUGAACCCCUACCACUAUGAGAGGGUGGUGUCCCCUGGGAUCGAUUUGUCUGGAUUGACAUUGACCAGCUCUGCUCCACCCGGGCUAAUGGUGAAGGACGAGUAUGAGUAUGACAGGCAGUCCUCCACGCCCAGCAUGGAGGGCCACUCUGUGGUGCAGCACCCCCCCUCCUGGCCUGCGUCCUCAGAGCCCUUCGGCAGCCCCGCCCUGCUGCCCCCUCCCGACGCCCCCGGCUCCGCCUCCUCCUCCACCUUCCCUGGCGUCGCCACGGCGACCGCAAGUGAGAACAGAGACGCCACCUCCACUUGGACCAGAAACAGCAGCUUCACCCCCACCAUACCCCACCACCAGAACGGCCACCUGCAGCACCACCCGCCCGUGCCUCACCCGCACUACUGGCCCGUGCACAACGACAUGGCCUUCCAGCCUCCCAUAUCCAACCAUCCGGCACCAGACUACUGGUGCUCCAUUGCGUAUUUCGAGAUGGACGUACAGGUGGGGGAGACGUUUAAGGUGCCCUCCACCUGCCCGGUGGUGACCGUGGAUGGGUAUGUGGACCCCUCCGGGGGCGACCGCUUCUGCCUGGGCCAGCUGAGUAACGUGCACCGCACCGAGGCCAUCGAGAGAGCCAGGCUGCACAUUGGGAAGGGGGUUCAGCUGGAGUGCAGGGGCGAGGGGGACGUGUGGGUGCGUUGCCUGAGCGACCACGCCGUGUUCGUGCAGAGCUACUACCUGGACCGGGAGGCGGGCCGGGCCCCUGGGGAUGCAGUGCACAAGAUCUACCCCAGCGCCUACAUCAAGGUGUUUGACCUGCGCCAGUGCCACAGGCAGAUGCAGCAGCAGGCUGCCACAGCACAGGCUGCCGCUGCCGCGCAGGCUGCCGCCGUCGCCGGGAACAUCCCGGGGCCAGGGUCCGUCGGAGGCAUCGCCCCCGCCAUCAGCCUCUCUGCGGCAGCGGGCAUCGGCGUGGAUGACCUGCGCAGGCUGUGCAUCCUGCGCAUGAGCUUUGUGAAGGGCUGGGGGCCGGACUACCCCCGGCAGAGCAUCAAAGAGACGCCCUGCUGGAUCGAGAUCCACCUGCACCGCGCCCUGCAGCUGCUGGACGAGGUGCUCCACACCAUGCCCAUCGCCGACCCUCAGCCGCUGGACUGAGCCGCCCAGGCGCCUCACACUGUGACCGGGCAGGGGCCCGUGUCCCUGACCAUGCCCCUUCUUUUCCAAAUCCCUCAUUGGUUAGUGAUUCGCUUUUCUUUUUGUUUCGUCUGGCCCAGUCAAUCUUACGCAGUAUGGGAUGGGCACCCCCGGCCCCCCGGCUCCCUGUGCAUUACUCUCUGCAGCGCGGCUGUUUCUGUCUGCGCACUCUGCCUGCCGGGCUCCACCGCCAGCUCGUCCGGAUAACCGCGGAGACGCGGCCGGCUACUGGGGGGAUCUGUGCUGCUUCAUGAGAGAAAAACAAAAGCAGAGCCAGGCAGGCGUUGUAUUACAUAUUUUUGGUUUUGCAUUAGACUGUUGUAUUUCUUCUGUUAAUGCUUGGAAUAAGCAGCGGGCACUUUGGUGUUUCUUUGUUAUAUUACCUCCCAGUGUUCCUUCCUGGGGUUGUGUUCUGAGGUGGGGAUACGCCAGUGGGUAUUACAAGGUGUGACAAAUUAGGGUUUCCAUAUGCCCAGAGGCACAAAACACUCAUUAGUCACAAAAAUGAACACUAAAACACCUAUUUUUUGGCUUUUGUUUAUCAAUGUUUUAGAUUCUUUCUGUAUUCCGCAUUGCAACUUUUUUUAAAUAGUGAGAUUUGGACGUCCCUCACCCAGCAGACAGACUGUGGACGUCCCUCACCCAGCAGAUUGCAUGCACAGGGCCGUUAGGGCUGAUCUGAAGUGAGACUGGGCAGAUUGCAUGCACAGGGCCGUUAGGGCUGAUCUGAAGUGAGACUGGGCAGAUUGCAUGCACAGGGCCGUUAGGGUUGAUCUGAAGUGAGACUGGGCAGAUUGCAUGCACAGGGCCGUUAGGGCUGAUCUGAAGUGAGACUGGGCAGAUUGCAUGCACAGGGCCGUUAGGGCUGAUCUGAAGUGAGACUGGGCAGAUUGCAUGCACAGGGCCGUUAGGGCUGAUCUGAAGAAGGUGUGGUUAUGGUGCCGCCGCAGGCCUCUGGGUUGUGUUUGCAGUCCAGACUGUCCCUUGCAUGAUUCGGCUACAUCGCCAUAUUCCUACUUCCCCUGCUUUUAUACUUGAGAAAAGCCCUAUUUAUUAAGAGUGGCAACGGCAUUAAAGCAACGAUGCAGAGUUGCCAUUUUCUUUUAUACAUAAAUGUGUAGUCUUUUGUAUAAUUUCGAAUUUAUGGCCCCUUACAUUGACUGUUGGUAGAAUAAUGAUGUGUAAUAAAAAUUUUGUAAUAAUUAAGUCUUUUUUAAGGGAAGGAACAGGAGGUAAUAUGAAAUGUUUGUGUGUUCCCAUUAAGAUAAUGAUGCAUAAUUCAAACGAGCCCAUAAUGUUGUUUCAUAAUGAUAAUUUUGGGUAGGUUCCACCCUUUGGGAGCAGAUGUUGUUCAAUGUAAUAUGGCUAGUAAUUUCACUUUCCUGUUAUGUUCAGUGUCUACAAUGUACAAUUUUCUACGGGGAAACACUGGUAUUUCAUUGCAACGUGGACAGUUAAAAUGUGCAUCUUGUUAUGUUUGAGUACCCAUAUAAAGACGAUGUAUUUUGUUAGUGCCAAGCUGGUUGUCGCAGCCGAGUUUGAUUAAAUUUACUGGACAGCCAGCAUAUGGUAUUCAUUUUGUGUUCAAAUGUAUGCUCCUUUCCCAAUAAUUUACUUUUGAUUUGUCCAAUGGGAGCACUGUGUUAAGUGCCGAACUGAAAAUGCUGUCAUUCUAUGCAGACAUUUCUGUCCAUCUGAGAGAUGAGAGAUUACAUUUAAGCAUAACAUUGAAGUUAUUUUGGCAAGCUGAAGUAUCUGUGCUUAGUAAUAAGUCUGUACUCAAAUUUGCCACAUGCUAUUUGCUCAUUGAGAAAUGUAAAGAAGGCGAGCUUUUGCUAACUGGACAACAGGCACUUUUCUUUUUAAAGUUGUAUUUCUAAUGCAAAAUUAUUAAAUAAGACCUGAAUAUUAAA